GACAGCUAGCAAUGAAGGACUACCCUCACCUACCAUUGCCAUUACAUCUCUCUCUCUCUUCCAUCCAUACAUAAUUCUCUCCUCCAUCCCUUCUCUCUUCUCUGCAACUUUUCCCUCUCUAAUGGAGCUUCUCUCAACAACAACAAUCUCUUAAUUCCCUUGUUAUAUUCCAUUUGCCAGGUUCUCAAGCUCUGAUUUCCCAAGAAAAUUUUCAACUUAGAUUAAAAGGAUUUUAUUUUAUUUUUUCCCACAAUAUGAUCGGAAAUAGCUUCGCCGACGAGAUAGACUGCGGCAGCUUCUUCGACCACAUCGACGACCUCCUCGAUUUUCCGGUCGAGGAUGUCGACGCCGGCUUGCCGCCGGCGAAGGGCGGCGACUCGGCCAACUCGUUCCCCACCAUUUGGCCGACUCACUCCGAGUCACUCCCCGUUUCCGACUCGGUCUUCUCCGCCAAUAGCAACUCCGACUUGUCGGCUGAGCUCUCUGUGCCGGUUAGUAUUCGCUCUCGCUUUCUUCUCACACGUGUGAAGGUUUCGUGUCUGCAGAGUAUCGUUUUUCGCUCACCCUCGGGGCACGUUACCAAACCCCUCCUUGGCCCGGCGUCGACUCGACCCGACCCGGUCCAAACAUAUUUGUUUAAUAAUUUUUCGCUCGCACCUUUGGAUCAGGCGAAUCAAAACUCGCCAUCGCCACCACAAUCAGUCAGGAAAUGUAUGCAUUGUGAGAUAACCAAGACUCCACAAUGGAGGGCAGGACCAAUGGGGCCGAAAACUCUCUGCAACGCCUGCGGCGUUCGGUACAAAUCCGGGAGACUCUUCCCCGAGUACCGGCCUGCAGCCAGCCCGACUUUCAUCCCAUCAUUGCACUCAAACUCCCACAAGAAGGUGCUCGAAAUGAGAAGCAAGACCGACGACAAUACUGCAAUUAUCACCAUAAGCGUCCAGCCCGAGCUCAUUCCAAACACAAACAGUGCGAUUUCGAUGGACUACAUGUGACGAGGAGGAGGAAAAGAAGGACGACGAGGUCGAGAAUCGAAUUCCGUGCUCCAAGCUGUGUGGUUGUUGUGUUUACUAUAAUACUUGUUCUGUUUAUUAGGUGGUUGUCUUUCUGUACAGGGGAUGUGGGGCAACUGGGGAAAUCAAGUUUUCAAAGUUUAGGAACUCAGUAGAUGACAAAAGUAGAGGAGGAGGAGGAGAAAGGAAACUGAUAUAAUGGGGAAUUAGAUCACAGAGAGAGAUGCAAAAUUUUAAGAGUAGAUUUCAGAUUUCAGAUUUCAGUUUUAGUGAAGGGUAGGGUGUCCUUAUUCCUUAAGCUUCUCUCCUUCUCUUUUGCAUUCUUUUUCCCUUUUUCAAUUUCUUGGUAAUUCUUUUUGCAGUUCAUUUGUAGUCAAAAUUCUGAGCUUUUAAGUAAUGAAAUUUCAGGUUAUUCUGCCUCUUUUAAUA